AUGAUAUGCUUGCAGGUGUUCCUAAAGCCGGAUGAGAAGUACGAGCACUUGCAGACGUACAUUUGCGAGCAGACGAGCGUGGUCGCUGAGUCCCAGAUACUGCUCUACAAGGAUCAGUUGAUGCAAACUGUUAUCGACGACAACACUUUGGGUAAGGAGUACCCGGAGACUACAGCGGAGGAGCCGCUCAUACUCUUCAAUAAGAACAAUAACAACGUGAGCAUGGCUCCGGAGCCCGACGUGCCCAAGUUCCCCGUGUUCCCCAACAUCGUGUCCGUCGAGAACGACGCCAGCCAGGCCAAGGUGAGUCCCGACCGCGCCGCCCCGCCGUCCCGGCGCCGAUCGCCGGCGGGGCGGCGCCACUACUCCGCCGCUGUGGCAGACGGCGUGCAGCGUGGGCCACGUCAUCAAGCGGCGCGUGGAGGCGCUGUGCGCGGCGUCCGUGCUGUGCGGCGCCUGCGUGGCGCGCUGGACGGCGCUGCUGGGCGCGCGCCUCGCCCGCGUGGCCGCGCGCGCCACGCAGCUGCUGCAGCACGCGCACCUCGCGCACACCGCCGCGCGCGCGCUCGACCUGGCGCCCGGCGCCGCGCGGCCGCGGGCGAGGGCUGGGCCGCCGUGGCGGGGCUGGUGGCGGCCGAGGCGGGGUCGCUGCGCGCCGCGGCGGCCGCGCUGCUGCAGCGGCACGCGGCGCCCGCGCUGCGCGCUGAGUUCGACGCGGCGGCGCGGCUGGCGCCCUGCCCCAGCGAGCUGCGCCUGCACGUCAAGGCCAAGACUCUCGUGGACAGACUGCGCGACUCGUGGCAGCACCUGGUGCGCGACCGCGCGACCCGCUCGCUGACGUACAACGACGAGCAGUUCCACGUGCUGGAGCGCAUCACGGUGGCGGAGACGGCGCGCCGCGCCCGCGCGCUGCUGCAGCGCGCCGCGCCGCUCGCACGCGCGCGCGCCGACGCCAUCGCUGACUGGUCACUACUCACUAUUCACUUUUUACUUGUCUAG